AUGCGCAAGCCGAGGAAUGAGGCUGGCGAGCAGUUGAUCCACUUGAACAGCGACAAGAAGCUCCUUGAGGACAGCACACGGCUGUGGAUUUCAUCUGUUGCUUUUGCUGUGGCUGCAUUACGGUCAUGGUUCUGGUGGCGGCGGUGGGCGCGGUAUGGCCGUGGAGUGGUUGCCUUCUGUGCUCAUGUUUCGGUGGCUGCCGCUGCUUUGCUCGUGGCGGCGGCUGCUGCUCUUGAGCUUCUCGCGCUGGGAGCGGACAGCGGCUCUCGAACUCUCGCCGGCGCAGCGCCAUUGCACACGGUUGCAGCGCUGCCGGGCACAGCUGUGUCGGGUGUACUCUCACUGUUGCAGCAGAAGUCUCAGGUCGCGGUGUCUGCAACGGACAUGCGCGGACGAACUCCUGUGCACUACGCAGCUGCAAGUGGAGAUUGGGACAACGUGCAGUGGCUGGUGGCGCAAGGAGCUGACAUCCAAGCCAAGGAUUCCGAUGGUCUGUCUCCACUGGAGGUGGGCCUUGCAAACGGACACUACCACCUGGUGCCGCUCUUUGAGACGUUGGGUAGCUCCGUGCUCUUUGCAGCGGCAGGCUUUGGCAAUGUCUCCUUGGUGCAGCAGCUGGUGCUCCAGAACGGCAUGUCACCAAAUGCCAUUGAUGACCAGACUGGCCGCACGCCAAUCUUCGAAGCCGUGGAGAAGGCGAGAAUUGAUGUAGCCGAGUUCCCUGGCAGCGAUCUGAGGUGA